AGGCACGUGUGCAGUCCCGGAAGCGGCCGGGGGAAGCUGCUCCGUGCGCGCCGCCGGAGGAAGCGUCGUCGGGUCCGCUCUGCUCCGGGUCCGGCUGGGCCAUGGAGUCCACGUCUGAGCUCGCGCCCCGCUGCCUCCUGCUUCCCUUGCUGCUGCUGCUGCUGCCGCUAAUCCUUCCUGCCUCGAAGCUGGGCCCGAGCCCCGCCGGGGCCGAGGAGACCGACUGGGUGCGACUGCCCAGCAAAUGCGAAGUGUGCAAGUAUGUGGCCGUGGAGCUGAAGUCAGCUUUUGAGGAAACGGGGAAGACCAAGGAAGUGAUUGACACCGGCUAUGGCAUCCUGGACCGGAAGGCCUCUGGAGUCAAGUACACCAAGUCGGACUUACGGUUAAUUGAAGUCACUGAGACCAUUUGCAAGAGGCUUCUGGACUACAGCCUGCACAAGGAGAGGACUGGCAGCAACCGGUUUGCCAAGGGUAUGUCGGAGACCUUUGAGACGCUGCACAACCUAGUCCACAAAGGGGUCAAGGUGGUGAUGGAUAUCCCCUAUGAGCUAUGGAAUGAGACCUCGGCUGAGGUGGCUGACCUCAAGAAGCAGUGUGAUGUGCUGGUGGAAGAGUUUGAAGAGGUGAUUGAGGACUGGUACAGGAACCACCAGGAGGAAGACCUGACUGAAUUCCUCUGUGCCAACCACGUGCUGAAGGGCAAGGACACGAGUUGCCUGGCAGAGCGGUGGUCUGGCAAGAAGGGGGACAUAGCCUCCCUGGGAGGGAAGAAAUCCAAGAAGAAGCGCGCCAGGGCCAAGGGCUCCACUGGUGGUGGCAGUAGCAAGCAGAGGAAGGAACUGGGGGGACUGGAGGAGGAUGCCAACCCCGAGGAGGAAGAGGGUGUGCAGAAGGCAUCUCCCCUCCCACACAGCCCCCCUGAUGAGCUGUGAGCCCAACUUAGUAUCCUUGAAUCAAGACCCCUAACUUCAGAGCUGAAGAGCUUGAGACACAUGCAGCUCCAGCAAGGAUGGCUGCUGUCCAGCUUCAGGUCUCUCCCUUGGCUCUGUCCUCUUCCUUCCCUUGAACAACGGCAAGAGGUAGAAGGAUCUGGGGUACUGGGAGACCCUACCCCAAAGGGAAGAGGAGGAGGAUGAGCAGAAGGCAGCUCUCUUUCUAAACGGUCCUCCUCAUGAGCCCUGGGUCCCACCCAGCAUCCCCAGGCUGAGACUCCUGACCUUGAAGCUGAAGAGCAUGAGGCACAUAGCUGCUCGCCAGCACCCCUUCACCCAGGAUGGACAGAGCCCCAGGAAGGACUCAGUGCAGCCUUAGCCUGCCUCUUCCCUCCACCAAGCAUUCCCUUCUGCUGGUCCUUGUUGGAAUUUCAGAACUAUCAAGAAGAACUCAGGAGGUGUGGCACAAAGGGGCUGGACACCAGAGCUAGAGCCACGCCAGAGCCUGCGGAGAGGGCACCUCACCUGACCCCACUGGGAAGCAAAACUGGAGCUCCCAUGUCCACCCACUCCUCCUGAGGACACCUCAUGCUCUGCCCAGCCCUUCUCCCAGGGCUACCAGAGUGAACACCUUUUGGCCUUUCUUGGUUACUGGGCCCUCUUCAGCCUCCAGAGUGUCCCCUCAUCAAUCUUUUCUGCCUACAUCCCCCAGUCCCAGGGCCUGGAAGGCUGUCACCAUCAUUGGUGGCUUAACCUGCCAGUUACUAGGAGGAGCAGGUGCUGGGAGCGUCCGGGGUUGGUUUGUUGCCACUCACUCACUGGUUCUGAACCUUCUAACACUGCAGUCCCUUAAUACAGUUCCUCUUGUUGUGGUGAUCCCCUUUCUUCCCCCCACCAUAAAAUUAUUUUCAUUGCUGUUUCAUAA